AUGUGGCCAGUGCUGCUUGGUGUGUUCACUGCUUUAGUGGUGGCCUGGGUGACCGUCUACAUUCUGAAUUAUUCCAAGAGAAAGAGGGUCUUUUCCCAGGAGUGCCUGCGACCACCGGGGCCAUUGGUGACAGACAAGAAGCAGAGAGAUGAGGUGCUGAAGAAAGGUUUCAGAAUGGACCGUGUCCCGGAGAACCUUGACGCUAUAGUGAUUGGCAGCGGUAUCGGGGGGCUGACAGCAGCGGCGGUUCUAGCCAAAGCAGGGAAGAGGGUUGUGGUUCUAGAGCAGCAUGACAAGGCUGGAGGUUGCACUCACAGCUUUGAGAACCAGGGCUUUGAGUUUGACGUAGGGAUCCACUACCUGGGCCAGCUCCAUGAGAACAGCAUGUUUCGUGUGGCCCUGGACCAGAUCAGUGAGGGCCAGAUCCAGUUCACCAGGUUGGAGCAGCACUUUGACACACUGAUCCUAGGUCAGGGUGAAGACCGCAGGGACUACCACAUCCUCUCUGGGAAGACGGAGAUGGCAGAGAGCCUGAAGAGGCAGUUUCCUGAUGAUGUGGAGGCCUUGAAUGAAUAUUUCAAGUAUAUGAAGAAGGCAGCUCGUCGUAUCAAUCUCCUGGCCGGCCUCAAGAUGAUGCCCAUGUGGCUGGUAGACUUCCUGUCUCGGACCGGCCUAUUAGAGCGCAUCUCCUCAGUGUUCCGCAUGGCCAUCACCAAACACACAGAGAAGAUGGCCACUCUGACCAAGAACAAAGACCUGCACGCCCUCUCCGCAUACCUCUUCUAUGGUGUUCCCCCUAAGGAAUCCAGUUUCCUAAUGAAUACUCUACUGCUGCAGCACUAUAAGAGGGGAGCCUACUACCCCAUUGGAGGGGCCAGUGAGAUCGCCUUCCACAUCAUCCCGGUCAUCCGGAAGGCAGGUGGCGCUGUGCUGGUCAGAGCCCCUGUACAGACGAUCCUUCUGAAUGAGGAGGGCUCAGCGUAUGGUGUGACGGUGAGGAAAGGUCAAGAGGAGGUGCAGGUGUUGGCUCCAGUGGUCAUCUCCAAUGCUGGCAUCUUCAACACCUUUGAGAAGUUCCUUCCCCCAGAGAUACAGGCCAAGCCGGACAUCCAGGCCCUGCUGGGGAGGAUGCAGCAUGGAAUGGGCAACUUCCUGGUGUUUGUGGGUCUGGACGGCACGAAGGAGGAGCUGGGCAUUACCUCUAUGAACUACUGGAUGUACAAAGAUAACGACCUGGACACACUGAUGGAACGCUACAGUUCUCUGAGCCGAGAUGAGGUGGCGGGGAACAUCCCCAUGAUGUUCAUUCAUUCCCCCUCUGCCAAAGACCCCACCUCCAGUACCCGCCAUCCAGGGAAGUCCUGUAUGACGCUGUUGACCAUGGCCAAGUUUGAGUGGUUUGAGGACUGGAAAGAUACCAAGAUAAACAAGAGAGGGUCCAAUUACGAAGACCUGAAGAUGAGCAUGGCCAAGGAGCUCCUAGACUGGGCACUGGUUAUCUUCCCUCAGCUCAGGGAUAAGGUGGUGUAUAUGGAGGCUUCCACGCCCCUGACCAACAUGCACUACCUGGGCGCCCCGCGUGGGGAGAUGUAUGGGGCCGAACACAACCUGGACCGCUUCAGCCCGGAGACGGUGGCCAGAACCCGGCCCCCCACCCCCGUCAAGGGACUCUACCUCACCGGCCAGGACGUGUUCUGUAACGGGAUGGCCGGUGCUCUGCACGGAGGAAUCCUGUGUGCCUCGACAGUUCUGGACCGUAUUCUCUACAUGGACCUCCUAGCUCUGAAGAAACAGCUCAAAAAGCAGACUCGUGAAAAGGCUCGUAACAAGGCCUGA